AUGACACACAAAGCGGACGUCAAGUUCGUCCUCUUCUUCGACUGUCCGCGAGAUGUAUGCGUCCAGAGAUGUCUGAAGCGCGGAGAGGCCGGCAGUGGUCGCAGUGAUGACAAUCCCGAAAGUAUGAACAAACGGAUCAACACUUAUCUCAUCGACACGAUGCCUAUCAUUAAGUACUACGAAAAGUCUAAUCUCGUGCGCAAAGUGGACGCCAAUCUUCCUCCGGACCAAGUGUUUCAAGAAGUGCGACAAAUCUUCGAGAAACUCAAUUGA